ACAAACCUUCCCCCACCAUCUGCUAAGGAAAAAUCUCACAACUCUAACUCUCACAAGAGAGUCUCAGUGAAGGGGUGACUCUCUCCUCUAAUUUGACUUACAUUGCAAUACUAAAAGACUCAAACUGGGUUGUCUUCAGAAGGGAAAUUCAUGCUCAUGCCAGGUCAGCCUUUGUGAAAGACUUUGGAUUCCCUGGAAAACUGUGGAUUUUCUGCUCUGGCAUUUCAAUCACUUGGAAUGACCACUACAGUCUCGCAUCCUGGAACCCUCCGGAUUUGACCUAAAAUUAAUUCUGAUUUUGCAUUGAUGAAAAGAGUUUCUCUAACCUUAUGGUGACUUUAAGACUCUUGAAUUGAAAAGAAACUACAUGGGGAAAACAAAUCUUUGGGAAGUCCAAGUGUAACUCUGCUGCUGUUUUCCGACUUCGGUGAGGGCCUCCUGACCAAGCAACCAAGACAGCCCCUGACCUGCCAUGUACCCCAACCCCCUCGUCUACUGCACCUGCUGGGAUCCCUGGAACUUGGGGCCACGAAAGCUAAUCAAGACCCCUCAGCCACCAAGCAAGACCUCCUCAGUGAAGCCCAAGCUCUCUCCUCUUCCUCCAGCUGGAAAAAAACAAAAUUAUGCCCAACCGAUAACAAAACCUGUUGUCUCCCCAAAAAUGAAAGUCCAUUUAGGAAAACAAGAGGAGAGCAAUAAAUUACCUAAUGAAGUGAUAAACGUAUCACCUGGCUACCGCCUCGUUCGGAACAGGGAGCAGAUUUCUGUCACCUUGGGAGAUGAGAUGUUUGAUAGGAAAAAACAUUCAGAAUCGGAGGACGUGGGCAAAGUCAAAAUUUCCAGGACUGAUAUCAUUGCUGACCUCAAAGAACAGAUCUCAGAGCUGACAGUGAUCAUAGAGCAAAUGAACAGAGACCAUCGUUCUGCCCAAAAAUUGCUCUCUAAUGAAAUGGAUCUCCGCUGUGCUGAGAUGCAGAAGAACUUUGAAAGCAAGACGAGGGAGCUCGAGGAAGCUCACGCAGCACAACUCAGUGAGUUGGAGAAAAACUACAAAGCAGCCUUGAAGGCAGAAAAGUUGGCUGCCCAGGACAAACUAGAGGAGAUGGGAAAAGAAUAUAAAUAUUUGAAGAAUAUGUUUCAUAUAUAUCAGGACAGCAUUUAUGAUGAAAUGGAGGACAAGUGGUCAAAGAAGAAGGCAGAGUGGGAGAAGGAUGAGAAGCUGGAACGGGAGAGGAUACUGUUACAGCAAAAACAUAAGAUAACCAGAAAGUUUGAGUUAGAAUCAGAAGAAGAAAGGAAGAAAAUAAAUGAGUCUUACACAGCUAUCUUUGAGAACUUCAAUCAGGAGAAGGAGGAGCUCUUAAAACAACAUGAAAGGGAUACCUUGCAAUUAGAGGAGCUUAGAAAGACAAAAGAGGUCAUAGAGGAAGAGUUGUAUGCUCAAGCUCUUAUCCUAGAAUCACUUAACACAACCCUCUACCAAACCCAGAUGGAACUCCAGAGAGAGAAAGCUGUGGUAGCAACUCUGGAGAAAACACUCCAGAUCAAGCUUACUGAAGCUGAAGACAAGUUUAAGUACACCAUACACAAUCUGACAGAAGAAAACAUUCAUCUAAGGCAAAAGAUAAUUGCCCAAAAUGAAGAAAUUUAUGAUGAACGGUUUGGGAGAUCUACCUCUGUUACUAUUUAUGAGCAUAAUUCUGACACUUUGGAAGAUGGUGGCAACGAAACGCAAGAAUCACGAGGAGAAGAGUUGGUCUCUAUGACCAAAGAUGUGAGGAACCAAAGAUGUUAGAACCAUCUUUGGUAGGCUUAAGAACUCCUGUGAGGUUUUCUUGAGAAAUGAAUAUGGUGAGUUUAGCUUUUGGCCUUGCCUUGAUUCUACUUGUGACUCUUCACAAUUUGUUUUCUUCUGAGUGACUGAGAAUGUUUGAAUUCUCAUCUCAAUUACAUAGACAUUCAUGACUCUUCAUUGAAAAGUAAUUGUCUCUAUACCUAGAGCUGAGGGUCUCUAGGCUUUGUACUAUUUUCUCUUCCACCUUUACAUAUUUCAUUACCAAAGAUACUUACCUGAAGAACUUCUUUCUAUUAAAUGAUGACAAUA